AUGCCGCGGGGGUUCCUGGUGAAGCGGAGCAGGAGGCCGGGGGGCUCCUAUAGGGUGCGCCCCGCAGGCGGACCCUCAGCGCUCCGCCUGGAGGAAGCGCCCCGCCUCGCAACGCCUUUGCCAGAGGCGCCGCAACAGCUCCAGCAGCUGCCUCAGCCAAACUCCCCCCUGAUGGCGGUCUGGGGCGCUGGAAGUUCGGACCACGCAGCCCUCGCAGCGGAGGAGUCCAGGCGCUGCGCCCCUUCUCCCGUAUCUGCCGAACCCUCUCCCCUGGGUCCUGCCUUGGCACUGGCGGAGAAGGUGCCCCUGAUCCCACGCACUCCUGUGCCUUUGCCCGUGCCGCUCCCCUUGCCUGCUGCCCCGCUUUGCCCGGCUAUCCCGCUCAAGCGCCCGUCUCGAGCGAAGGCGCCGCCUGCCAAGAAGCCCAAGGCCGUGCGCAAGCUGAGCUUUGCAGACGAGGUGACCACGUCGCCAGUGUUGGGGCUGCGGAUCAAAGCUGCUUCCGAGGCGGGCAGCGAGGGGAUCCGCGUGGCUCGCCCGACGCUGCUGGGUGAAUUUGUUUGCCAGCUGUGCAAGGAACCCUAUGCUGAUCCCUUGGCCCUGGCCCAGCACCGUUGUUCACGAAUUCUCUUCCUUUGCCCUUAUUGCCACAAGUCUUUCCGGCGCCAGGCGUACCUGCGCAAGCACCUGGGCACCCACCAAGCUGGGAUCGCCAGCUUCACCAGCAACUCCUCACCCCCUCCCCCUCCCCCGCAACAGAUCGCUUUUUCCUGCCAUUUGUGCGGCGCGCACUUCCCAUCGGCGGACAUCAGAGACAAGCACCGGGUAUGGCACGCGGUGCGUGAGGAAUUGCUUCUGCCAUUGGGGCAGCCUGAGGGCAGCGCUAAUCAUGGUGAGCAGCAGAUCUUUUCCUGCAAACACUGUCCCUCGACUUUCUUCAGCUCGCCCGGUCUCACCCGACACAUCAACAAGUGCCACCCCUCCGAGAACAGACAGGUUCUUCUAUUGCAGAUGUCCGUCAGGCCAGGCUGCUAG